ACAAAAAAUACAAAAAAUGGACGAUGUAUUUUAGUUAUGGCUUAUAUCAUCAUUUCAAAUCUUGAAUCAUUUUAUUAUUUUUAACAUCAAGGUUUAUAUCUCAGUAAUGGCAGCCACAAUAAGUAAUCAGUUUAUCACUUGUCCAGAACAUCCAUCGGAGAAAGCAAGGUUCUACUGUGAAGAUGAUCACGUGGUGAUUUGCGAUGACUGUGUCAUUGGACGUCACAGUGGUCAUACGAAAAUCAAACUUAUUGAUUAUCUCAGCAAGAAAAGACAACAUUUAAUACAAACUGCAACAGAAGCAAAACAUAAAAACCUACCUGACAUACAAAAGGAACUGGAGAAGGCAAAUAUAGGCAAAGCAGAGUUUAAUGCGUCUGUCGAUCAACAAAUCGAAAGAGUAAAACUUAGACGAGCAAUGAUAAAAAAAAAUGUGGACGAAUUACAAGACGAUCUGAUUAAAAAUUUUGAAGCUACUAAAAUUGCUGCAAACGAAGAGUUUGAUAGAUUUUCUAACAGGCAGCAAUCAAGAUUAAAUUUAAUCCAAGAAACUAUACAGAUUGUGGAAUCUAAAAGUUCAAACAUGUUUGAUGUAGAGGUAUUGUCAUACGAUUCAAAACUAUCAUUGAACCUUGAAGAUGAUCCGUACGUAGACGUAGUACCAAGGAUUCAACCACCCAGAUAUCAAUGUCAAAAUGAGUUAGUACAAAAGGGUAAGUUACAAGCUAUCAUAGGCUACAUGGAAUCGGGGACUUAUGCUGAAGUUGAUGAAAUUGGAAUUCGUAUGAGGCAAGAAAACGAUCAAGACAAAAACGAAGACACAGAAAAGCAAAAAGGAAGUGAUUUCUAUCCCUUAUUAAAAUUUACAGAGGAAAAUAAGAGAGAUUUCUUCGCUAUAAAUACUUUUAAACGGACAGCUAAAGUCGUUCACAUUGUACCAAAAGAAAGUCUUCAAGCAUGGCUAAUUCACAGCGAUAUCGAAGAACUAGACUGUAGCACGGGUAUUGUCAAGACAAAAAUAUUAAAGACUUUAGACGAGGAACCACAGUGUGCAGCUCGAAAUAAUGCAAACGAACUUAUCAUUGGGAUGUUGAAUAAGAAGUCUCUUAAACAGCUAAAAUAUAGCGGAUCAUUUGGAUUCAAUUUUUUCUCCAGAAAUAAGAGUUAUACUCUUGGAAACUAUAUAAACACCGCGCCUCUUCAAGCUGUGUGUUUAUGUACCUGUACAUCCGCGUCCGUUAAUGGCGACAUAACAGUAUGUCUUGUAGAAAAAACAGCGUCUGACCAACAUCUAGUUAAGAAUCCGAUUAUUCGACGAUAUGCAAAUGACAAAACGCAGCUUGAGAGUGACCUGGUUUUGUCUGAGGAUAAAAUUGAUAUUGAAGCGCCAGUUUAUAUUUCCGAAAACACGAACGGAGAUUUAUGUAUUGUAAGUUGUCCGGAAGGAAAAGCUUCAUGGAUAACCAUUGUGAAUUGUAAUGGGGAAAUGAAAUUUAGAUAUCCAGAGAUCGAUCUUAAGGCUGCAAAGCGAAUAAAAUAUGAUUUUAUAGGUGCAGGAUUUUUAUCUGACGGAACAGUUACAGUGAUAGAUAGAGUAGGUUUCAGACAACAUCUACUUGACAAAGAAGGCGUGUUACUUCAAAUAGACACGCAUGAUAGUCAGCCUGCUUGUUUUGCAAUUGCUCCUCACGAUCAUUUGUGGAUCGGUUUUGAAGAUGGACAGGUUAAAAUAUUCACAUACAGAAACGAAUACUCAGUGAUUCAAGAGCUUAAACCAUGAUAAAACAAUUAAGAAUAAGACAGCGAAAGGAAAAUUUGUAUGAUAAAUUGAUCUAUCAUAACUGGAAAACUAAAGGUCUAGGAAACGGUUAGCAUUUUUUUUUUUUUUUUGUUGGAUUUUUUUACCCUUUUUUGUGUUAUUCCUUAAACACGUAGCAGAACGCACAACGAACGAAAAAGGUGCAUAUAAAGUUUGUUCGGUAUAAAACAAAAUUAACCGCCUUUCCACAGCUGUCUUUCGGAAGAUCGAGAUAACUGAUCAAGAAUAAUUAACGAUGGUAAAGUAUUGUGAUCGGAUCGUGAAAGAUCUGAUAUCGGGUCGUCAAUGCAAUGAUACAAUUAAACUUAUAAAUCUGUGGAAAAAAUAUGAUGUAUUAUUUGUAGCAAAUCAGAAUUAACUUAAUUAAAUGUGACUGUAAGAAUGUGUUUUAUUUCU